CAUAUUAUUUAUCAAACACCACUCACCUUUUUUUGUUCAAACAUUAAACUAAUUGUAGCCCCAAUUCAAAUCUAAUCGAAUAUCGUACUGAUUUUGAUACACACUGUCAACAAACACACACACACACAGUCACUAGUCUCUCUGCUUUUUUCCCCCAAAAAGAAAAGAAAAUAAAAAGGAGAAACUCAAACAAGAAACCCUCUCUCCCAAUUUUCUUGUUAGCCCCUCCCAUGGCGGCGGCUGCAGCUCCUCCUCCUCCUCUGCUUCUCCCACUCUGCAUUUUCCUGCUUCUCUCUCUACAAACCCACUCCACCACAGACGUAGAGCUACUCAUAUCAAAGAUCAAGCCUUCACUGCAAGGAACCGCAGAGAACCUCCUCCUAUCCACCUGGAACUCCUCUGUACCACUCUGCCAAUGGCGGGGCCUCAAGUGGUCCUUCAUCAACGGCUCCUCUCUAACGUGCGCCGACCUCUCUUCCCCACAACGGUCCAGCAUUUUCCUCCACAAAGACCCCCUCUUGCAGCUCGUUUCGCUCCAGCUCCCCUCCGCCAAUCUCACCGGAACCCUACCCAAAGAAAUCGGACAGCUAGCCAAUCUCCGGAGCCUCUACCUCGCCGUGAACUCACUCUCCGGCGGGGUUCCGUUAGAGCUCGGCUACAGCUCUUCCUUGUCGGAGAUUGAUUUGAGCCACAAUUUGCUCAAUGGGUCUCUGCCACCUUCCAUUUGGAACCUCUGCGACCGCCUCCUUUCCCUCCGCCUCCACGGCAACUCUCUCUCCGGCGCUUUGCCGGAACCUCUUCUGCCCAACUCCACCUGCCACAGUUUGCAGUUUCUUGAUUUAGGGCAGAACGCCUUCGCCGGAAUAUUCCCCGAUUUCAUAACCGGCUUCAACGGCCUCAAACAGCUCGAUCUCGGCGGGAACAUGCUCUCCGGCCAAAUCCCGGAUUCCAUCACCGGUUUAAAAUUGGAAAAAUUGAAUCUUUCCCACAAUAACUUCACCGGGGUUCUUCCCGAUUUCGGCGAGUCCAAGUUCGGCGUCGACGCAUUCGAAGGAAACAACCCCACCCUUUGUGGGGGCCCUCUCGGAUCCUGCAGCCGGAGCUCCGGGUUGAGCUCCGGCGCCAUCGCCGGGCUUGUGAUCGGUCUGAUGACCGGAACCGUCGUGUUGGUUUCGCUGCUGAUCGGUUACUUCCAAGGCAAGAGAAAGAAGAAUGCCGACGAAGAAGACGACGAAUUCGACGAAAUGGACGAUGACGAAGAAAUGGGGAAUAAUAAUGGUGAUGGGAAAUUGGUUUUGUUUCAAGGUGGGGAGCAUUUAUCAACGGAGGAUGUAUUGAAUGCGACGGGGCAAGUUAUGGAGAAGACGAGUUACGGGACGGUGUACAAGGCGAAGCUUUCGGACGGAGGAACGAUCGCUUUGAGGUUGCUUAGGGAAGGGAGUUGCAAAGAUAAGAGUUCUUGUUUGCCGGUGAUUAAGCAGUUGGGAAGGAUCCGACACGAGAAUUUGAUCCCGUUGAGGGCUUAUUAUCAAGGGAAACGAGGCGAGAAACUUCUCAUUUACGACUACCUACCGAACAAGACUCUACAUGAUCUCUUACAUGAAUCUCGAGUCGGAAAACCGGUGCUGAAUUGGGCAAGAAGGCACAAGAUAGCGCUAGGAAUCGCGCGAGGGCUGGCCCACCUCCACAAUCAAGAACCGCCAAUCACCCACGGGAACAUACGCUCCAAGACGGUCCUAGUGGACGACUUCUUCGUGGCGAGGCUGAACGAGUUCGGCCUCGACAGAAUCAUGGUGCCCGCGAUCGCCGACGAAAUAAUCUCCGUCGCUAAAUCCGACGGCUACAAGGCGCCCGAGAUUCAAAAGAUGAAGAAGUGCAACUCGAGGAGCGACGUGUACGCGUUCGGGAUAGUCUUGCUGGAGAUUCUGUUGGGCAGGAGGCCUGGGAAAACAAACGGGGGCAGAAACGUGGGGUUCGUGGACUUGCCCUCGAUUGUGAAGGUGGCGGUUCUGGAGGAAACGACGAUGGAGGUUUUUGACGUGGAGGUGGUGAGAGGUAUGAGGAGUCCGAUGGAGGAAGGUUUGGUGCAGGCGUUGAAGCUGGCUAUGGGGUGCUGUGCUCCGGUGGGGUCCGUUAGGCCGACUAUGGAGGAGGUUGUUCGGCAGUUGGAGGAGAAUAGGCCGAGGAAUCGGUCGGCUUUGUAUAGUCCGGCUGAGACUAGAAGUGGAAGUGUUACUCCUUUCUGAUCUACUUUUUUUUUUUUUUUUUUCUUUUUAGUAAUUAUAUUGUGAUUUUUUCGAAUUUUCGAGUAAGAUCGUUUUUUGCGUUUUAAUGUUUAAUUGUCGUAAGUUUGUUGUGUUUGGUUUUCUGUUGGUCGUUAGUUCUUGCGUUUUCCCGUCACUGGUGAAAAAUAAGCUUCCACCAGUUCUUUAUUCCUUGAUCAGGUGAAUUAUAUUUGAAGCCCUGCAUCUGAAAUGGGUGGCGGUCGGAUUCGAAUUCA